AUGUCGUCAGGUACUCUUCACUGCCCCGCCAUUCUUGUAACCGUCACCUGUAAUCCAUGCAGGUGUGUACGCACCCGGAGUGGAUGAGAAAGAAAGGAUUUUUUCUCGGAGCAACACCCCUGGUUCAAAACCUAGGAGUUCACUUUCCUGUAUGAGCAUUCGAAGGGUCGUCUGAGGGUUCUGCAUUCAUUGUUGUGCUUACACACUAUGCUACCCUUCUCCGAAAGCUCCGUGGGACCACCUAUCACUAGUGUUCGGAUGGAGGGGUUUAUUGCACAAAAAGUGGGACGCAGGCUCCCGCAGAGGAAAGCCCAACGAAUGUUAGAUGCAAAGCCCCGCACCUCAUUAAGAUCAUAUUGGCAUACUCUGCCAAAAAAAAAAGAGCAGGCCCCAUUGAAGAUGGGAGUUAGGUACAACAAGGCCAUUUCCAUCCACUGUUGA